UUCCAGCAAUCUUGUGCAGAGCUGGAGGUAACCUUUGUCCGUCGCUGCGGGAUGUGGGAGCAGUGUCUGCACCCAUGCCCUUCCUUGUCACACAGGGCUGCCGCUUGCCCCUGAGGAGAAGGUUUGGACUGGGUCACCAGCCACGCCGGCCAACGUCUAUGCGUUAACAACGCCUCCUCAUGGCUCCGCCUUUGAUUCUGGGUGCAGAGACCUGGUCCAUGAGCGGUGGGACCCACGUGGUGAGCCUGGACCUGGUCUAUGCCCUGAGCCUCCUGCUCCUCAUCCUGCUCCUGGUCUCCUGUGGGAACUGCAUGAGGAGUUCAGGUCAGUUCUCGACAGACAGCAACUACAUGCAAAGUAAAGACAGCUCACAGCUGAUCCGGGUGACACAGCUAGACGAUGUUCAAUAUCCAAAGAUCAUCUGCAAGCCGACGUUAAGAGCAGGUUCCCUCCACUCACGGAAAGUAAGCUGGCAGAACGACAUGCAUGUGACUGGUUCUCCACCUCCUGGAUCUGCCCAACAGAGCAGGGCACUCCCAGAGAUUCCCGGAGGCCCUGCCUGCCAGGAAGAUUCGGAUGGAAAGGGCGACCCCGUAUACCAGACGGCCAGUGAGCUGGCAGCACCAUGCCAGUGCAUGGAGGAGGAGCCCAUGGACCAACCCUACGCCGCCUCCAGCCAGUUUGGUGUGGAGACACCCACGGCAGAGCUCGUCAUUGAGGAUGAGGCUGGUGGGGAGGAGGACAGGAGGUCCGGGAAAGUGACAGCCGUGUAUGCUCGAGUCAGCAAGAAGCUGAAGAAUCCACCAGGCUCGGAGCCUCCGCUCCCUUCCUCAGCUCCUGGGAACCUGGAGCCGGAGGAUCUGCCUCCACCCGUCCCUGAGAAACUCUUCGGCGAUGGAGACAUUAUGGUCAGUGAGUCACCAGGUAACCAGAGAUGGGAGCAGUCUGGGAGCCAGAUGACCGAGGACCCCUCCCCAGAGGAGGGUGCGCCGGAGGAGGGUGCGUAUGCUGACCCCGUCCAGGAUGGAUGCAGCGGGUGAACAUGCACAGCACCAGGAGCGGACGGGCUGCCGCUGACACUCCUCUGAAGAGUCAACCCUUCAGCAUGCGGCCAGCAGCUCUGUGGGACCACACCUCUCCCUCGGACGGGUCGGGCCACCUGUCUCCACUCACCUCGGCACAGCGAGGACACCAACCAACAGCUUCCUGUAGGCUCCAGCUCACACCCCUUCUCACCUCCACCACGUCACACUGUAACGGGGUGCGUAGGGCAAGGUGGGCGUCCAAACCCUUCAAUGCUGCUUCCCUGCGGGGGUUGGCACCGGUGAGAAGAUCCCCAGCUCUCGGUUUCUGCUGCGGAGGAGAUCACCCACAUGUAGCUGACUGCUUCACGUUGUUCUGUGGACAAUGAGCACUCACAGUUUCUGCACAUCGCAACUUGCUGUAACCCGUGGGACUGGGUGGUUCGUAGCUCGCCCCUGAGGUGAGGGGUUGGGCUCACGUCUAGUCACGGAGUCAUAACAGCACGGAAACUGGCCCUUUGGCCCAACUGGUCCAUGCUGUCCAAGGUGCCCUUCUAAACCAGUCCCAUUUGCCUGGGUUUGGCCCAUAUCCCUCUAAACCUUCCUAUCCAUGUACCUGUCCAAGUACCUUUUAAAUGUGGUUAAUGUACAGACCACUCUCUGGGUGAAAAAGUUGCCCAUCAGGUUCCUAUUAAGACUCUCCCCCUCACCUUAAAUCUCUGCCCUCCAAUUCUUGAUUCCCCAACCCUGGGAAAAAGACUGAGUGCAUUCAUCCUAUCUAUGCCCCCAUGAUUUUAUACACCUCUAUAAGGUCACCCCUCAGUCUCCGACGCUCCAAUGAGAAAAGUCCCAACCUGCUCAACCUCUCUCCAUAACUCAGUCCUUCGAGUCCCAGUAAGACCCUCGUAAAUCUCCUCCACACUCUUUCCAGCUGAAUGGCAUCUUUCCUGUAGCAGGGUGGCCAAAGCUGAACACAAUACUCCACCUGCAGCCUCACCCUUCCUGUCUGGGCUGUGCAGGGUGAGAGUUCCAAGCAGGUCAAGCAGUACAUGUGGAAGGAAAGGAGUUGUCAACCUGAAAUCAGGCUGGAGGGCUUGGGGCACACAGAGAAACCGGACAGGCCGGGGCUGUUUUCCCUGGAGCGAAGGAGGCUGAGGGGUGACCUUAUAGAGAUUUAUAAAACCAUGAGAGCUGCAGAUAAGGUCUUUUUUCUGGGGUAGGGAAGUCUAAAACUAGAGGGCACAGGUUUAAGGUGAGAGGGGAAAGACUUAAAGGGGACCCGAGGGGCAGGUUUUUCACUCGGAGGGUGGUGGGUGUGUGGAACGAGCUGCCAGAGGAAGUGGGAGAGGCGGGUACAGUUACAACGUUUAAAAGACAUGGUUCAUGGAUAGGAAAGGUUUAGAGGGAUAUGGGUCACAUGUGGGCAAAUGGGACUGGCUCUGGCUGGCAUGGACCGGUUGGGCCGAAGGGCCUGUUUCUGUGCUGUGUAACUUGGUGACUCUAUGAACCGUCAACAAUUCCUCUCCCCUCCCCCCCCCCCCACAGAUGUUGCUCAACCCGCUGAGUUCCUCUAGCAGUUUGUUUUCUGCUGGGUUUAUAAUGGACAUUAAAGUUACCACUCCACAAUCAAACUGCCCCUCAACACCUUCACUCACUCUCUGGAGUGGACCCUCGUACUGUCAGGGAGUUUAGACGAACAACUGGGGGAAGGCAGGGCCUCUUUCUGUGGAUUCACAUGUGGCCCGUGCCACAAACAGCAGCUGCCUGCACUCCCUGUUCACUGCCCGUUACCGGUGACAAAGGCUUCCGCUGACGUGAUUCCUUGCUGGAGGACUGUUCAUUCUUUGACGUGUGGUGUGUGUUCAGACAGAGUUGGACUUGAAAUGUCUCCUCAGACAGCAGUGACACUGAGGGGGCACACAACUCCCCCCCCCCCCCCCGCCCCACGUAUCAGCGUUCUGCUGGGGGUGGAACACUGCAUCCACAAUGCUGAUUCCCAGGGAAGUCACAGAGUCAUACGGGUGGAAACAGGCCCUUCAGCCCAACUGGUCCAUGCCGGCCAUCAAGUACUCAUCGAUACCAAUCCCAUUUACCUGCAGCUGGUCUUUUCCUUGGCAAUUCAACUGCUCAUCCAGGUAGGUAAAGGCUGAGUCGUCGCUGUCGGAAGAUCUGUCUUUAGGAACACCGGAUGUCCCUGCAGGGGGACGUCUCUGAACAUCCCGGGAGGAUUUCAGGGGCGGUCCUUCCAAGAAGCCGGCAGAGGCCACCCUCCCCAGGGGAGUGGUUGCUUUGAUACCCCCGAUCAACAUUCCCCAGAGCCCCGUUCUCUGGGGUGUUGUUCGGCCAUGGAGGGACGCACACACUCUCUGGUCUGUGACCCGUCCCUUCUCCACCAUCUCUCACUCUGUGUUCUCCUCUGCACCUUUUGAGAUGGUGAGAUCACCCCGAUGACGUUCAGUGCAUGCAGCAAAGGACGAGGGCUGCAGUGGAAUGUCCACAGUGGUGUCCAAGUGCCAGCGAUCACCAGACAGAUCAUCAACCACUGAUCCCUCAUCUGUACGGACUCGGGCGCGACUCUCCCCGAGUCCCAGACAUGGUAACACCAGGAGCUGGUUUACCAGGGACAACUGGUGUCUGCACUUUAAGGCAGUCCUCUCACCUGUGGUUGGCGUAACGCUAUUACAGCACCAGCGACCCGGGUUCAAUUCCCACCGCUGUCCGCCUGUACGUUCUCCCCGUGCCUGCGUGGGUUUCCUCUGGGUGCUCCGGUUUCCUCUCACAUUCCAAACACGUAUGGGUUAGGAAGUUGUGGGCAUGUUACGUCGGCGCCGGAAGUGUGGCGACACUUGCGAUCUGCCCCCAGAACACUCUACGCAAAAGAUGCAUUUCACUGUGUGUUUCGAUGUACUGUACAUGUGACUAAUAAAGAUAUCUCAUCGUCA